CAGAGACAAGAAGGAAACGGAGCAAAGGACGAGAAGACAAAACUGAGACGAAGCAAAGGAAGAGGUGAACAGGAGAGGAGUCAUGCUGACCUGUUUCCGUGGCAACCGAGAGGAAUUUUAUGGCGAAGUUCUCCUAUUGGAUGAGAGGAAGAUUACAUUAACGGGCAAUCAAGGCCUCAAAAAGUCCUCACGGGCAGCGGCCAUCUUGGACCAGGUGUUUUCUCUGCUGCAGGUGGAGGAAGUGGAGUUUUUUGGUUUGAGGUUCUGUGAUGACAAACAGCAGAUGCACUGGUUGGAUCCUUCCAGAACAAUCUACCAACACAGAGAGCUUAUUGGACCUCCGUACAUUUUCUACUUUGGAGUUAAAUUUUAUGUCGAGGAUCCGUCCAAACUGAAGGAGGAAACUACACGGUUUCAGUUUUACCUGCAGGUGUGUCAGGAUGUGCGGCGAGGUCGACUGUCUUGCCCCGCCUACCUCAAACCUCGACUCUUUGCACUGAUGCUGCAGGCUGAUGGAGGGGAGUGGAGGAAGGCGGAGCAGAGGGAGGUGGGGCAGGUGGAGGCGGGGCAGAGGGAGGCGGGGCAGAUGGAUGACAAAGUCAAAGACAUCUACAGAUCAAUUGGUGGUGUCUCUCGCCCUCAGGCUCAGUCCCUCGUCCUCUCUCUCUCCAGUUCUCUGCAGAUGUUUGGAGUUUUUCUGUUCGCUGCAUACGGUGAAAACCAAACUGAGUACUUCCUGGGUCCAACUCCAGUGGGAGUGGUCAUCUACAAGAACAAAGUGCUGGCGAGCAGAAGUCUAGAUGGGGAUCGACCAAUCAGAAAGAAGGGCAGGAGGUCUCGUUCCCAUGGCAACACAAGCAGUGGCAGCGAAUCAGAAAAGCCGGGGAGUAACCGGGAGCGACGUAGUAGAAGUUCAAAGAAUCGCGGUUGCCAUGGUGACAAUAAGUCCCGGUCCCGAGCCCGAUCAUGCAGUCCUGAUGCACAAACAUGGAGACACAUCCAGAAGCAGCUGGUGGAGCAUGAAGGUUUAAUUGACAGGCAGACAGAGGAAAUUCAUUUUAUGGAAGUGAGAGUUUUGGGAGAGCCAAUUAGAAGACGCCAUGCUCCAAGGGGGCGGAGACAUCGACAGUGGGCAUCGACUUCAAAUCGAGAAUCAAACACCAAAAUGGUUCCUCCUCUUCCUGUUACCAAAGCAACCAUUACUUCAGGACAUUUACCCACAAUUCCCUGAGUCAAACGUCUCUUUACCAAGCAUGGAUCCCUGAAAGAAAGAGAGAACUACAGGGACUAUCACGUAGAUUAUUUAAGAGUUCACUACAGAGUGUACAAUAGAGUACACUUCAGAGUGUACUACAGAGUGUACUUCAGAGUGUACUUCAGAGUGUACUUCAGAGUGUACUACAGAGUGUACUUCAGAGUGUACUUCAGAGUGUACUACAGAGUGGACUACAGAGAUUACUACAGAGAGUACUACAGAGUGUACUACAGAGAUUACUACAGCGAGUACUACAGAGUGUACUACAGUGUACUACAGAGUGUACUUUAGAGUGUACUUCAGAGAUUACUACAGAGUGUACUACAGAGUUUACUACAGAGUGUACUACAGAGAUUACU